AUGCCCAAAAGUAAAUUUGCGAGUACAAUGAAAAAUCGAAUUAAAUGUGAAAAUGACAUCAGGCAGAAAUUUCCUGUUAACCAAUUAUGGGAAUGGCAAGCAAAACAGAUACGGCGUCCAUUAUUUGUUCUUCAUGAUGGACCACCAUUUGCUAAUGGACCUCUUCAUAUAGGACAUUUCCUAAAUAAAAUACAAAAAGAUAUUAUUGUUCGUUAUAAAUUAUUAAAUGGGCAUAGGCUAGAUUUUCGUCCUGGCUGGGAUUGUCAUGGCUUACCAAUUGAGUUAAAAGCAUUACAAGAAAAUAAACGAAAUUCAAAUGAUAAAGAUCGAAUUAUUGUUCGUAAACUUGCUCGUCAGUUUGCUACGGAAGCUUUGGAAAAACAAAAACAAGAUUUUCAAUCAUGGGGUAUACUAGCUGAUUGGAAUAAUUGUUAUAGAACAUUUGAUAAAGAAUUUAUUGUUGAUCAACUUAGAUUAUUUUGGAGAUUAUAUCAAAAAGGUUUUCUCUAUCGUCAAUAUAAACCAGUGAAUUGGUCACCUAGUGUUCAAUCUGCUUUAGCUGAAUCUGAACUCGAAUAUAAUGAUAAACAUCGGAGUACUGCUAUUUAUGUACGAUUUCAUUUACAAAACAACGAGUUACUAUCAAAACUAUUGUCUCAAACUAAUCUAGGAAAUAUUUAUGUUUUAAUUUGGACAACAACACCGUGGUCUUUACUGGGCAAUCAAGCUGUAGCAGUUAAUGAAAAAUUAAAGUAUGUAUUUGUAAAGCUAUCGUCCACCAAUGAUAUAUACAUAGUUGCUGAGUCAUUAUUGAAUAAUAUAAAAAAGUUUGCACCAUUUUCAAAUAAUCAAUUUGAAAUCAUAGGAAAUUGUCUCGGAUCUGAAUUAUCUGGUCUUAGUUACAAUCAUCCAAUUUAUAAUGAUCAACAAAAAUAUCCUAUUGUUAUUAGUGAUCAUGUUACUGAUGAAUUAGGUACGGGUCUUGUUCAUAUUGCGCCAGCACAUGGUUCCGACGACUUUCUUCUAUCUAUCAAACAUAAUCUUCAGUGUGUUAAUGCUGUUAACUUAGCUGGUCAUCUAAAUUGUCCGUCCAUUGAAUCUCUUCAUGGGCGAAAUGCAUUAGAUACAAGCGAUGGCAUACAAGCAAUUCUUAAACAUUUAAAUUCAGACGUUUUACAUCAUUAUGAAUUUAUACAUUCAUAUCCAUAUGAUUGGCGAGCAAAAAAACCUGUUUUAAUCUUAGGUAGUCAACAAUGGUUUAUUGACACCACACGUUUGCGUGAUAAUGCACGUAAAUAUAUAGUAGACAACGUAACAAUAUUUCCUGAAGGUGCCGAAAAAAGUUUUCUAUCGAUGACAGCGCAACGGCCAUAUUGGUGUAUAUCACGACAACGCUGUUGGGGUGUGCCAAUACCAGCUUUUUAUACCAAAGAUGACAGAAAAGAACUUGUGAUUAAUGAAGAAAUAAUUGAACAUUUAAUUAAAUGUAUUCAACAAAAAGAUUCAAUUGAUUUUUGGUGGUCAUCAGAUGAUAUUAAAGAAUUGUUACCUGCAUCAAUGCAUAAUCAAGCUGAAAAUCUUGAACGUGGAAAAGAUAUAUUUGAUGUUUGGUUUGAUAGUGGCUCCUCAUUUAAUUCAGUACUUAAAGAUUUCAAUUGUCAAGCUGAUCUCUAUUGUGAAGGACAUGAUCAAUUUAAUGGUUGGUUUCUGUCAUCGUUACUAUUAUCAACAGCAAUACAAUCACGAGCACCGUUUUCUAACAUAUUUGUUCAUGGUUUUGUUGUUGAUAAAAAUAAUCAAAAAAUGUCAAAAUCGAUUGGUAAUGUUAUUCAACCAUCAGAAAUGAUUUUUGGUGGUGGAAAAGAAAAAUUUAGUGAGAACGGCUUUGAUGUUUGCCGUGAGUGGGUAACAAGAGAAAGUUAUAAACCUCAAUGCAAAACAAGUAAUGAAGAUUUAAAUAAAGCAAAUAAACGAAUUUAUGAUAUUAGAAAUGUAUUCAAAUUUUUAAUUGGAAAUCUUUAUGAUUUCGAACCUGAUAAACAUAGUAUUUCAAAUGAAAAUUUAGCUGCUCUUGAUCGAUAUAUGGCUUAUCGUUUACAUCAAAUUCUUACGACAUACCAUACUGAUUUUGAUCAAUAUAAAAUGUAUCACGGUUUAAUUGCAGUGGAAGAUUUUCUCCAAGGUGAUAUAUCAAGUUUUUAUUGUUCAGUUACAAAAGAUCGCCUUUAUUGUGAUCCAUCGGAUUCUUAUCUUCGUCGAUCCACACAAACGGUAUUUUAUUUACUAUUAAAAUGUCUCAACGAACGAUUAGCACCAGUCAUGCCAUAUCUUGCGCAAGAGUUACACAAUGAAUUAAGUGUUAUAGAAAAUAAACAAAAUAAGAUAAAUGAUGUUUUUGAACAUAAAUUUACCAUAUUGAAUAAUGAAUUAUCUGAAAUUCCACCCGAACUUGCAUCAGCAAUGUCAAUUGUAUUACAUUUACGUGAUACAUACCAUGGAAUUCUUCAAAAUCGACGACCUAUUCUAUUUGAUAUUCUACUUCAUUUAAGUGAUAGAGCAAAACUACAGUUUAAACAACUUCAAGACGUUCUUGGAAAACAUCCAUCGACAGCUAAAUUAAAUUUUUGGCGUCCAUUAGAAGAACUUUUACGAUGUUCACGUGUACAUGAACGAUCAUUAUCUGAUCUAGAAACUGACUUAACAGAAGAAAACAUUUCAAGUGUUGAUUUACCCUUAUUAGAUGACAAAUUUAAUUAUAUAAUGAAAAUUCAAUAUAAUUCUUUGCAUUCUUGUCCUCGUUGUCGUUUACAAGUAUCAGAAAAAGAAAAUGAACUAUGUGUUCGAUGUUUUACUUAUUCACAAAAAUGUAUUUUUAAAAACAAAAUAGAACAACAACAAAAAAUGGCCUUAUCAUUUUCUACUGCCAAUAAGUUUCUAUUAAACAAUCAACAAAUAUUAAGAUCAGUCUUAAUAUCAUCUGUUCGAUAUAAACAACGUGGACAUAUUCCUGAUAAUCUUGUAGAACAUCAUAGACAAUCGCCAUUAGGAAAAUUAAAAGCUGGUGCAGCUGUUGGUGCUUUUCCACCUAAAAACGAUACAGAUAAAGAUCUACGUAGUACACCACAUGAUUUUAAAUAUGUUUUUCCUGAUUUUUUACCAAAUCCAUUACCUUAUUUACGAGAUCGAAUACUUGAAAGAUUAGAACGAAGAGACAUGUUUCGUCGAAGACAACAAAUUGAUAUACCAGAAUUUUACGUUGGAAGUGUUCUUGCUGUAACAUCAGCUGAUCCAUAUGCACCGAAUCGACGUCAUAGAUUUGUUGGUAUUUGUCUUCAACGUGAAAGACAUGGACUUAAACAUCAAUUUACUCUACGAAAUAUUGUUGAUGGACUUGGUGUUGAAAUUAUUUAUGAAUUAUAUAAUCCAACUAUAACUAAAAUUGAAGUUCUUAAACUUGAACGACGUUUAGAUGACAAUCUUGCUUAUCUACGUGAUGCACCACCUGAAUACUGUACAUUUCCAUUUGAUAUGGAACCAGUUAAACUGCCGCCUGGCGCUGGAGUACCUUUGAAUACAAUUCAAGUACCAAUCACUAGUACUCAUUGGCAAUAUAAAUGGGAACGUCAUGAUCUAAAAGGUGUUCUUCUACCAUCAUUACCGCGAAGUGUGCGAAAAGGAGCAAAACGUUAUGCUGAACCAUGGCGCCAAUGGGAUAUCAUGAGACAAUAUCGAAGUGAAAUUCAUGAUGAUGAAAAAGCUGAGAUUUAUGAAGAUAUUGAAAAACAUAAAGGAGAUUUAGCACAAUAUCGUAUUGAUAGUAAAGAGAAUGUGAAGAUUACACGGGCAAGACCAAAAUCAGGUGCAAGAAAAGCAAUCUUCAAUGAUUCAAAACAAUCGAAUACGUCUACUACCCAAUAG